GAGCCGCUGCUAGUGUCCAGGCGUAAUACCCAAGGUGAGUGAGCUAAGCUCUCUCAUACCCCCUGAGGUGGACAGAUGACUUAAUUCGGGAUACUACACUUUGGGAGACUGCUUUUACCUUUGAGGUGCGUGGACUGAAUUACUCCCCACAGCAAAGACGCCGAAAUUGGCCGAAACAUGACGAAACGUAGCCUACUGAUGAAAAAAUAUUCGCAAAGGACACGAACAGGACGCAUACAAUUUAAGCAAAUACUUUGCAGUCGUAGAAAUCAGCAGUAAAUCUCUAUUGUCCGACAGUCUUUACACGAUUUAUUUCCCGUUGUUUGUCUUUUUUUCUAUUUUUUUUUUUACAACGGAGGUAGGUUUUAUUUAUUUACAUGCUUUUUUAUUGAAAAUAUUCAAACGUGACGGACUUAUAUAGCUACAGCAAAACUGUCAACGCAAAGGAGCGUGUACCAUGGCCAGCUGGGGAUACACACCUCUAGUGACUGUGGCCAGUGGGGACAGCUGAGGCAGCAGGAGAUGGGCUGGCUUGUGGCGGACAGCCCUGGAGCUGCCAAUGUCACAGGCAGCAAGACAGGGUCAGCGAUGGCAGCAGAGAAGGUGGCGGUGGUGGUCUGCUUGGGGACCCUGACCCUCCUCACCACCAUCCUGAACGGCGGCGUCAUAGCUGCCAUCUGCACCACCAAGAAGCUCCACCUGCCCGCCAACUACCUCAUUUGCUCGCUGGCCGUCACCGACUUCCUGGUGGCCAUCUUGGUGAUGCCGCCCAGCAUCCUCUACGUCGCCACGGAGACCUGGCCACUGGGGCCGGCCAUCUGUGAGGCCUGGCUGAGCCUGGACAUGACCUGCUGCACCUGUUCCAUUCUCCACCUGUGCGCCAUCGCGCUGGACCGCUACUGGGCCAUCACCAACGCCGUGGAGUACACCUACAAGCGGACGGCUCGCCGGGCUGCCGUCAUGGUGGCCGCCGUGUGGGCGAUCUCUGCCCUCAUCUCUGUACCGCCCCUCUUCUGGAGGCGUGGCCACGGCAACCCUGGUAACCACACUGACUGCAUGAUCACGCAUGACCACGUGGGCUACACCCUCUACUCCACUGUUGGGGCGUUCUACGGCCCGCUGGUGCUCAUCCUCGUGCUUUACUGCCGGAUCUACGCUGCAGCGAAAGCCCUGUACAAGAAGAGGGGCUCCACCCUGCAGCAGGGCGCGGCCGGGAGGUUGGACAGCCAGAACUCCUUCGGCCACUGCCGAUCGGUGCACGCCUUCUGCGUUCCCGAGCUGUCGACAUCCGACCCGGGCCCGGAAAUGGAGAGGCUGGACGACGUCAUUGUCUCAGGGCCUGCGGAGGGCGGGAUGGGCGGGGCCAGGGAGAGGGCCAGGAUCCGCCUCAGCAGGGAGAGGAAGGCGGCGCGGACCCUGGGGCUCAUCCUGGGGGCGUUCGUGCUCUGCUGGCUACCCUUCUUCAUCAAGGAGCUGCUGGUGGGGCUGAAGCUGCUGCGGGACUCGGAAUCCAUGCUGCUCUCCAACGCCCUCACCUGGCUCGGCUACGUCAAUUCACUUAUCAACCCGCUUAUCUACACCAGCUUCAAUGAGGACUUCAAGCAUGCAUUCAAGAUGCUCCUCAAGUGCAAGGGACACCCAUAGAGUCAACCAUAGAGCUUUAUAUUUCCUUUUGUUUAGUGUUUUUUGUUUGAUUUUUUAAAUCAAAUGUUUUUCGGAUGUACAGGAUAUUACUGGAUAGUAUUAGAGCAUGACAUCGGUGGAGGGUGCGUUUUUAGCUUUGAGCACUUGUCAUGUAUAGUAAGCUCAGGCAAUCACUGACACACACACACACACACACACACACACAGGAUGACACCAGACGCACAAUGAUACAGACACACGUACACAUGCCCCCCAGAGGAACCAAUUGCUUUUGUCUUUUUGAACAUCAUUUCUAACCAGUGGCUUAUUACCAUUUCAUUGUGCUGCCACAAGAGGGAGGCUUUGAAUUGUUUAAUGCAGAGCUAUGCAUCGAGAGAGCCAUUUUUCUACUCAAAAUCAGUGAAUAUUCAAACUCGGUCCUGGGGACCCUCUGUGUAUGCUGGUUUUCCAACCACAGUUGCAAUCGCUAAAUUUUAACAAGCAGUUAUUUUUUCCUAAUUAGGUGCUUUUCAUAU